AUGUCCCCAGACCUGCCUGACCACAUCCUCAUCGUAGGCGGCGGCGUCUUCGGCUUAUCAACGGCUCUGGCUCUCAGUCGCCGUCACCAGGGACCCAUCACCCUCCUCGAAGCUGCACCGACCAUCCCCAACCCCUACGGCUCCUCCGUCGACUCCUCUCGCAUCCUCCGCGCAGACUACGCCAACCCAGCAUACGCCCGGCUCGCCCAGGCGGCCCUCACUCAAUGGAGUUCUACCGCCUGGGGCCAUGAAGGCAGAUACAACCGCAACGGCCUCGUCCUGGUCGCUUCCUCCCCUACUUCCUCUCCUACUUCCACUCCUACUUCAUCUGGCUGUGACAACACGUACGUGCGCAAGAGCUACGAGAACGUCAAGCGCCUGAACCCGGAUGCCGUCGAGCAGCUGCCCACCGCCUCCGACGUUCGCCGCGUCGUACCAGGCUACGGUGUUGGUGCUCACGUUAGCGGAGGAUACGUCAACUGGGACUCGGCCUGGGGUGACGCAGAGGCUGGCGUACGUUAUGCAAAGCACCUUCUCGACCAGACCGGCAGAGUCACUUUUCUCUCGGGCCAGGUCGAACGCCUCAUCAUCGACCAUGACCAGUCGUCUGCUGCUGCUGCCAACAAUAACAAGGUAACUGGCGUCGAACUAUCAGAUGGCCAACGUAUAUCCGCCGAUCUGGUCGUCUUAGCUACCGGUGCAUGGACCGGGAAGUUAGUCGAUCUGCGCGGCAGGGCAGAAGCCACCGGCCAUUCGCUCGCCUACAUCCGUCUCACAGAUGACGAACAACGUCAGCUCAACGACAUGCCCACCGUCCUCAACCUGUCGACCGGCAUGUUCAUCAUCCCGCCGCGUAACAACGAGCUGAAGAUCGGUAGGCAUGCAUAUGGGUAUCGCAAUCCCAUCCAAAUCAACCACCCUACCACCACCUCUCCAAUCAUAGAAGUAAGCCUUCCUCUGCAUGGGACACCAGUUCCUCUCGAAGGCCAACUAGCUGCUCGCGCCGCGUUAAGAGAAAUGCUACCUGCCCUGGCCGAUAGGCCGUUCACCAAGACACGCGUAUGCUGGUACACAGACACGCCCAAGGGAGACUUCAUCAUCUCCUACCACCCGGAGAUUAAGUCCCUUUUCAUCGCGACAGGGGGAAGCGGCCAUGGAUAUAAAUUCCUCCCUGUCCUCGGCGACAAGAUCGUGGACGCCAUGCAGGGAAUCCUGGAUCCGGACCUUGCUUGUCUGUGGGCCUGGGCUGAGAAUCCAGUCACCACCCCUGCCGGUGGUCUCGGAGUAGUGUGGACUGAAGAUGGUAGUCGGUCCGGUGUCAGGGGGAUGGUGCUGGCUGACGAACUGGAGAAGAGCAGCAUUAACGACGAGCCUCGCGACGACGCCUUUGCUGCAGGUGAUGUGAAGGUGAUGAGUAGGUUGUAG